UUUUUUUUAUUAUUAUUUUUUUCUUGUUGUUACUAUUCUAUAGAAUGUCAUCUAUUGGUACAAAACAUCAAUUUCCAUUAACUGAGGAAAAUCUUUCCAAAAUCAAUGCUUAUUCUCCAAAAUACGAUAUCCUAUCCAAUUUUUGUAUGGCUGGUAAUGAGGCACCUUCUCAUGAUCAUCAUCUUCGAAUAGAAACACAAAAUCAUCAUCAUCGAUCAUCUUAUCAACGACGUGUUAGAAGAACAUCAAGGGAUGUUGUUAUGGAAUCACCUCGACUUUUACCAUUUCCAUAUCACAAUGAUAGUCAUUUCUUACCUACAGCCGAACGGAAACAAAUGGAACAUCAAAAGAAAAUAGCAGGUUCUAUCUCUGAUCUCAGUUUAAACUCCCAAAGAACACAUCGAACAACAUCUCAUACAAUCAUGUCUUUUUCACCUCGUCGUGCUGCUAGUGUUCCUCCAACUCUCAUCACUACUAGAAAACCAAGCGAUACUUCUUCUUAUUCCAUACCAUUAUCAUCAUCGCCAUCAUCAUCGCCUUUAUCAUCGCCUUUAUCAUCUUCACGUAGAAUCGAUUCUCUUUUGACACGACUCAUUAGCUUUUUCAAAAAAAGAAAAAGACAAUCAUCAGCAUCAUCAACAACGACAUCUUCAUUAUCACCAUCAAUAUCAUCAUCCAAAUGUACUCGAUUACCAAAAAAGUCUCCUGUAUGGUUUAGUGAAUUCUCUGUCAAUCCUCCUCCUCCUAAUGGUAUGACCAUGGCUGCUGCUUGAAUGAUUUUUUAUUUAUUGUAUCCACCUUUUUUUUUUUUUUUUUUUU